AUGAGGAAGAAACUAUCGAGGAGGAGGGUGAUAGGAUGGAUAUUGAAGAAUCUGACAGAGAGGAGGAGGGUGAACGAGUUGAGCAAGCGGAAACAUUGGAUGAAGAGGCCACUAGGUCGGGGGAUGAGGGAGAAAAGAGAGGGUAUAGACAGUGGGGAGGGUGUUGAAGCAAGGGAGAACCAUGAAGUGGAAUCAGGGGAUGUAGAAGAGACGGAAGGGCAGGAUGUGGAGAAGGCUGUAGAUGGUGAGAAGGGUAGAGUAGGUGAAGAAGGUGAAGCAAUGGGUGAUGAGAAGGCUGAAAAGGAAGGUGGGAGUGUUGAUGAGAAAGUUGUUGAGAAGGAGACAGAGGAGGAAGAGAAUGUUAAUGGGGAGGAUGUCGAGAAAAAAGGAGAAAGAGAUGCUGACAGAGAAGAGACCGAGGACGUAAGAGAGAAGAUAGAGACGGAGAUAGUCGUGGAAGACGACACCCCAACUGAUGACCAAGGGACCCCGAUAGAUGAGAGGUUGACGAGGAAUCAGUCCUGUCGGAAUAGAAAGCAGGAGGAUGAGGCAGAGGCAGGCAGGGCCAAGAACCUGAGGCUGGAUGACAUAGAGGAAACAUGGGAUGAUAUCCCUCAGGUCCAGGAAACUUUGCCAGCCGAGAAGGAUAUUUCUCCAGAGGCCCUGGAGACGAGAUAUGAGGCGGAAAGGAAGAGGAAGGGAAAGCAUACUGCUAAGCCCCAAAAGAAGAAAUCUCGCCCCACGAACACCACUCUGGUGAUUAGCGAGCCGGAGGCGAUCCGAGUGCCAUUUGCCCAUCCGACAGAAGAAGAGGAGGCGGAAAUACCUAAUGUGGAAGAAAGCCCGUUCAAAACGAUGGAGGUCCUAGUGACCAAGAGGUUGUUGGAAGCGAUGGUCCAGUUUGAGGACCCCAAGUUGCAGCGAGCAUGUGAUGGACGCGCCGCGAAUGGGAAGUCGGCGAAAUCCGGGAAGAAGUUGUGCCUCUCGGACCUGAGGGAUCUGGGAGUGGAGAAGAAGUUCAUCUCCUACUUCAAGAGCAUCGGGUUUGAGUGGCUUCUUAACCACAGCGAAGAGGAGGUACCGGUGGCUCUGGCGAAGUAG